CUGGCCUAGAGUUAUUUUUAUAGAAGUGGUAGUAGAAGUUUAAAUAUGCUUGUUCAGGUUUACACAUUUUGUUAUUGUUAAAUUUAGGAUGACUCGCAGUUUGGAACCACUGGCAAAGAUGAUCUUUACAGGAGUUUUAGUAACUCAACUUGGAGCCUAUUUUGUGUUGGCUAAGAUGAACACAAGCCAAGAUUUCAGGCAAACAAUGAGCAAGAAAUUUCCCUUCAUCUUGGAAGUUUAUUACAGAUCCAUUGAACAGUCUGGAAUGUAUGGAAUCAGAAUACAAGAUCAAGAAAAAUGGUUGAACAGCAAAAAUUAGAAGUAGAAUUUUAAUGUAUAAUUUACAUUAAUAACUCAUUUCCUUUGCUUUUUACUUUUAUGAGUGGUUUUCAGCCUCCUCUUCCUGAAAUUUUUCUUUUUCUUGAUGAUACUUUUCACGUCUUUGUUGUGUAGCCAGUCAUCACGUUCAACCUCUCAUUUAAGCUGUUUGAGACCUUUAGGAGGAGAAUAAAGAUGAGCCUACUACUACAAUGAAGACUCUUGGCGGUCACACGGAACAUCCUGCUAAGUAACAAGAACUUCUGGCCUGUGAUGGCCUGCACUUUCUCACCCAGUAUGCAAAUCCACUGCUCUUUUGUCGCUUUUCUUCUGUAUUUAUUGUGAAAGACUAAUGUCUAAUAAAUAAAUGACUAAGAAAGGAAAAGGAACAAAUGCCCUAAAGAUUUUCUUUCCUCUGAUUACUUUUAUUGGUGAAAGAAUAGAAACCAUAACCAUAUCAGAAAUAUGUCUUUAAAGUUAUAAAAUUACUUAGCAAACUCAUCCUACAUAAAAAUAGCCUGCCUUUCUAAAAGAAGCUUAAAUAAUCAUUAUUGUCUGUAGUCUUUUUUGCUGUGGUCUAAAUACUUUUUAAUUCUUCAUGCUCUCCUAAGAGGGAGAAGAAAAAGCCAUUCUUUCCAGGUUAGAAAGUACCAUAAAAAGGUCCUUCAAAAACAGCCAUAUCUUCGGAAUUUUAAAGUCAAGUCUAUUUUUAAAAACGUCAAUAAAAAAUUUAGGUUGCUUACUUGCAUUAUCUUUGUUUGCCAUGGCAUUCAUGUCAGUGUUAUCAAACUUGGACAACAUAUUUUCAUCCAAUAGGUGGCCAAACUUUAAAAAAAAAAAAAAAAAGGGUAAAUUUCUUAGGAAACUUAAA